AUGCUGUCCUUCGGGUACGAAUUCAACCAAAGCAUCGCUGAGGUUGUGUGGCCGGCAGCUCUCCAGAAGUUGUCCUUCGAGCACAACUUUGGUCAGCCCAUUAUUGAAGCCACGUGGCCGGUCUCCCUGAAGCAGCUUUCGUUCGAGAUGGCGUUCAAUCAACCCAUCGAAGAGGUCGUGUGGCCGGCGUCCCUGCAACAACUGUCGCCCAGGUCCAAAUUCGACCAUCCCAUUGCCGAAGUCGUGUGGCCGGCCUCCCUCCAGCAGCUAUUGCUUGGGGGUGGCUUCAAUCAACCCAUCGCCCAAGUCGUGUGGCCGGCGCCCCUGCAGCAGCUAUCGUGUGGAGAUUGUUUAGACCAGCCUCUUGACGAAGUCGUGUGGCCGGCCUUCAUGCAGCAGCUAUCGUUUGGACAUCUUUUCGACCACCCUCUUGACGAAGUCGUGUGGCCGGCCUCCCUGCAGCAGCUGUCGUUUGGAGAUUGUUUCGACCACCCUCUUGAAGUCGUGUGGCCUGCCUCCCUGCAGCAGCUGUCGUUUGGAGAUUGUUUCAACCAGCCUCUUGACGAAGUCGUGUGGCCUGCCUACCAGCCGCUAUCGUUUGGAGCUUGUUUCAACCAGCCUCUUGACGAAGUCGUGUGGCCGGCCUCACUGCAGCAGCUAUCGUUUGGAGAUUGUUUCAACCGGCCUCUUGACGAAGUCGUGUGGUCGGCCUUCCUGCGGCAGCUAUCGCUAGGAGAUGGUUUCAAUCAGCCUCUUGACGAAGUCGUGUGGUCGGCCUCCCUGCAGCAGCUGUCGCUUGGCGAUUGCUUCAACCAGCCUCUUGACGAACACGUGUGGCCGGCCUUCCUGCGGCAGCUAUCGUUCGGGGAUCGUUUCAACCAGCCUCUUUACGUAGUCGUGUGGCCGGCCUCCUUGCAGCAGCUAUCGUUCGGAUUCGAAUUCAACCAGCCCAUCGCCAACGUCGUGUGGCCGGCCUUCGUGCAGCAGCUUUCGCUCGGGAAUGAAUUCAACCAGCCCGUCGCCCAAGUUGUGUGGCCGGCUUCCUUAAAAAGUGUAACUCGCGACGGGGUUAGUCUGCUAUGA